AUGACUAUGGAAAAGAGUAGCAACAACAAUCAUCAACAACAACAGUCAUUUGAAGUUUCCAAUAUUGCCACUGCUGAUUCCAAGUUCUUUGAUGAUGAUGGACGUUUAAAACGAACUGGAAACAAAUGGACAGCAAGUGCGCACAUAAUCACAGCGGUUAUUGGUUCUGGAGUGCUGUCAUUGGCAUGGGCUAUAGCUCAACUUGGAUGGAUUGCUGGUCCAUCAAUGAUGCUUCUUUUCGCUUUUAUUAUUUACUACACUUCCACUCUUCUCUCGGUUUGUUACCGUACCGGUGACCAACUCAAUGGCAAAAGAAACUACACUUACACCGAUGCUGUUAGAGCAUAUCUUGGUGGCUAUAAGGUUAAAAUUUGUGGAAUUAUUCAAUAUGUUAAUCUUUUCGGUGUUGCCAUUGGAUACACUAUAGCAGCUUCCAUAAGCAUGAUGGCAAUUAAAAGGUCUAAUUGUUUUCAUAGUAGUGGAGGGAAAAAUCCAUGUCAUAUGAAUGGAAAUUUUUACAUGAUUUCUUUUGGUAUUGUGGAAAUAUUUUUCUCUCAAAUUCCGGAUUUUGAUCAGUUAUGGUGGCUCUCUUCUUUAGCCGCUGCUAUGUCUUUUACAUACUCAACAAUUGGUCUUGGCCUUGGUGUUGGUAAAGUUAUAGAAAACAAAGGCUUUAAAGGAACUCUAACUGGUAUAACUGUUGGCACUGUCACACAAACUCAAAAAAUUUGGAGGAGCUUCCAAGCUCUUGGUAACAUAGCCUUUGCAUACUCGUACUCGCUGAUCCUUAUAGAAAUUCAGGACACAGUCAAAUCGCCUCCAUCGGAGUCAAAAACAAUGAAGCAGGCUACUUUGAUAAGCAAUAUAGUCACAACAUUUUUCUAUAUGUUAUGCGGUUGUUUCGGAUACGCUGCUUUCGGAGACUCGAGUCCCGGCAACCUUCUAACUGGCUUUGGUUUCUACAAUCCUUUCUGGUUGCUCGAUAUAGCCAAUGCCGCAAUCGUUAUCCACCUUGUUGGCGCUUUCCAAGUUUACUGCCAGCCAAUUUACUCAGCAGUCGAGAAAGUUGCAGCUAAAAGAUUUCCAGAGAGCGAUUUCAUCAACAAAGAAAUUCAAAUUCCGAUCCCUGGCAUUGUUUCUCCGUUGAAAAUCAACCUCUUUAGAUUGGUUUGGAGGUCACUUUUUGUAAUUGUAACAACUAUAAUAUCAAUGCUUCUACCGUUCUUCAAUGACAUUGUUGGACUUAUUGGAGCUUUUGCAUUUUGGCCUAUAACUGUGUAUUUUCCGGUGGAAAUGUAUAUAGUUCAAAUGAAAAUACCAAAAUGGAGCACAAAAUGGAUUUGUCUACACAUUCUUAGUGCUGCUUGUCUGAUGAUUUCUUUAGCUGCUGGAGUUGGUUCUGUUGCUGGUAUUGUUACUGAUCUAGGAGUUUACAAGCCAUUUCAUGCUAUGUACUAG